AAGCACUAGUCAUUUAAUAACAUUAGGAUCGAAACACACACAACUCCAGUCAUCAUUGUCAGUUACUGUGAAUAAUAUACAUAUUGUUUGAAGGUCUGGAUGAAGCCCAUAAGUUACAAUGAAUAAUAUUCAUAUAAAACAACGUGAAUAUUUCACUUAAGCAUUUUUGAAAAUCUAGACACACAAAUAUUUUUUGUUGAAUGUUAUUUGCAGGUCUGGAUGAUGCCCGUAACACUGCUCACCUGGCCUGGAGGAUGAUGAGGGAUGGCUCUGUGAUGAAGAUUACACGCAGUCUGGAGAGGGCACCUUUGAAGACCAAACCCCUGUUUGGAAAUGGGAACGUGCCAGGGGAUGGUUGUCCUGGCAACAAGAGGGAUAACAAAACCACUUUCAAAAACCCCUCCAAGACGACAGAGAGCGGCGGCGGCGGCCAUCUUGAAAAUCGACCCAACAGCAAGCCAGUUAGCAACACGGACGUUGUUGAGACACGACCCAAGCCUUCAGACAACAUGGUUCCCAACACAGAGCCUCGUUCUGGUCUCCACCACUGUGAAUUGCAUUACCCAUCUAGCCCAGCCAGACCCGACACAUGACCCGGAAACAGGAAGUAUGGAGGAGGACGUGCCUAUCUCGUGCGGUUCGUAUGACGACGUCGUAUUGGAGGAGGACUGGGAUGUCACGGUUGGUGACGAGGCUUCUGUUGCUGAUGUGUACACAGAGAACCUGAGGUUUGAGGUGGAUGAUAACUCGGUUUAUGGGAGAACCUUGCUGUGUCCAAGCCCAGUACAUUCAAAUCCUGGUAGAGGUCCAACCAACAGUAGGCCGAGGUCCAAUACCACCAACACGCCCUGCCAACAUCUGACCAGCCUGGUACACAAGACCGAUACUAGAACAUCCUCCAGUAACUUGGUGUCUUUCAAGGCUGGGACAACAAGGACCUACAACACUUCUGCACCCAACAGUCUGUCCACUUCCUCUUUUGUCACACCCAGACCUGUUACCCCUGGCUCAAACCUCUCAGAUACACGGUCAAGACUGAACACGGAAACGUCAAACUCCUUUGUGAUCGAGAAGAACAACAAGAAUGAAUCGAGAACAUCCUCCAGUUCUGCAAAAGCUGCGACAACGAGGAUAUACAACACCUCUGGGUCAAAUAGUUCAUGUAGUUUCUCCUUCGACAAACCCAGAGCUGUUACCCAUGAUUCCAACCGCUCAGCUACACGGUCAAGACCGCAAACGGCAACAUGGAACAACUCCUUUGUGAUCUACAAGGACAAGCCGAGAGCCUCAAAUACCACUUCCACAUCCAAUACCUCAACAGCAUCCAAUACCUCAACAGCAUUCAAUACCUCAACAGCAUUCAAUCAUUCCUUUGUCAAACCCAGACCAGGCCUCCAGAACUCCAACCUCCAUGCUACACGGUCACGACCUCUCACAACAAAAAACCCUGGUAACUCCUUCGCACCCAUGUCCUCUACUACAAACCUUCCCAAUCCUUCCGUCACUAGACCCAAACCAGUUACCGCCAGCAGUGACUCUAACCUCUCUGCUUCAAAGACACCAAACGGCUCUGCAUCCAGUCUCUCCUUUGCCAGGCCCGGCCCUGUCGUCCAUCACCCCGACCCGUCGACUUCACGUUCAAGGCUGCACUCGGAGACGCCAAACACAUCUUUCACGAUCCACAAGUACUCCUCUUGCCUCUCCUCUGUCGCUCGUCCUUCUGUCGGUGGAUCGUUCUCCGUCCUCUCCUCGUCCGUUAACCGCUCCUCGCUCCCGCCGACCCGCAGCACCAAGAUCACGGCCCGCUGUGCGACUGCGGGGGCGGCGAGCCAAGCGUCUAACGGUGUGUAACGGCGGUCCGAACCAAGGCCGAGCGUUCUACUGCUGCACGGUGCGUAAACACGGCCCCGGGGGGACCAGGAAGGGAUGUGAGUUAUUUAAGUGGGAGUCUGCUCUCCUCCAGGCUAAAUCACCAGCCUCCGCUGCCAACUCCAUCGCUCUGCGUUUUGGUCUCAACUCCAGUGUUGUUCGUCCCCCUGUCGUCGUCUAGGACGAGAUAUCAGUUAGCUUGAGGUCAUAGGGGAGACUCAAUAGCAUUUCCUUCUCAUCCAAUGAGUUUGAGAGGACAUAAGGAAUCAAGGAAAUGCAAUUGAGAUUCUCCUCACAAAGGUGUCAUAUUUUAAACUGUACUUUAUGAAAAUAUGUAUCACGUUGGUUUUUUUGUGAGUAAUUGAUUUAUGUCCACAUACUAAAUCUGGUGCAUUCAUUGACCAAUAUCCUGUACAGUUUCUAAAUAGAAUUUUAUCUUCCAUAAUGUGAGAUGACAUGAUGUCAUAAUGAAAUGUAAAGUACCUUUUUUAGGUCGGCACUGUCAUAAUAAAAGAUGUCAUGAACUGUAUUUACAUGGGUU